AUGACAUUACCAGCUCACAAGCAAAGAAAAAGAAAACAAAAUCAAAAAAACAGAUCAACAUUAGCAGAAACUACACUUGAGUCUGUUGAGACUGAUGAAGAUGAGGAGCUGCAGCCAAAAAGAAAAAAACAAAAACAAUCUCAUUUGAUGUUGCCCAAUGCUCCUUCCUUUCAAUCUGCUUCAACACUCCAAUCACAGUCCAGUUCUACAAGCCAGCAGAUUCAAGAUAUCUCUCAGCUAUUUGAUGGCUUGGAGAGGAGAAUACUGCUGAAACUUGACCAAAUCCAUGCCGAUAUUAAAACAGCUAUUGGACUGCAGUCUGUGAACCAGCAAAGCACCUCUGCCUUGGACCUAUUCGAGGUGCUAGAGGAGCCUUGCAAGUCAGUGGAGGAAUUGGAAGAGCUGUGCGAAAAGCUGAAAGCUGUUGAGUUUCGCAAGAAGAUUAUUCGAUAUCUUUGUCUUCAGAGUGCAGGCAGUUUGGGGGAUGGCAUUAGAAGAAUGCUAAAAAAAAUCGGAGAGAAUUCCCUUUGGGCUGAAUACAGCUACAAAGGGAGAAAAGGAACACGGGCAUUUCAGCAACUGCUGAUCAAUGAUGCGAUCAUACGUGCCUGCACUAAGGUGUAUCUACACCACAAGACCCAGAGUGUGGAAGACAUGAUAGCCGUGACCCUUAAGCAUGCUCCACAUCGUGAGAAAGCAAAGAAAAAUGUUCAGGUUCCAAGCUUACGGAUGGAAUCAGAUGUGGAGGAGUAACGCGUUUCAACAUGGAAACUUGGCAACUGGACACGCAAACACACACACACGCUUUUUUUUGUUUAUGAAAAUAAAAGUAUUUUUUUGUCCUGA